AUGCAGGUGCAUUGCUUGGCCCUCGGGCGCCACCUCGAGCUCGUCACCGAAGAGCUGCGCGCUAUCGCUGGGCUCUAUGGCGAGACCAACUUGCAAAUCCACGACGAGCCCUCGCUGCAAGCCCGCUUCUUCCGCGUCGACUUUAGCUCCGAGGCCAUGGCCAAAUGCAUCGUCGCCCGCUGCGUCUUGAUCCAAGCGGCGUACGAAGUCCUCGCGACCCAGGAGUCGGUCGUGGCGCUCGCGACGCAGCUUGAAGCGCAUUGCUUUGCGCGCCCACCCGCGACGACCGUCGACGUCAAGAUGCCAAAAAAGCGCCUGCGUGGCCCGAAAGACAAGCGCGCUGUGCUGGGCCGCCUCGCCUCGUUCGACGUCGAGAGCUUCGUAUCGGAGCAGUCGCUGCCAGCGUCCACCCAUCUCUGCGUUCUCAUCCAAGACGAUGGCCGCGCGCUAUUGAGUCGCCUCGUUGGCCACGGCCUCUCUCCGACCAGCGGCGGUCACGGCGGUCGCGUCGGCAGUGGCCUUGCUGCCAAUUACGCGCUGCACAAGCGGCCGUACACGGGUGUCACAACCAUGGACCCGGAACUCGCCCUCGUCAUGGCCAACCUCGCGCAGGUCCGUGCCGGCGACUGGGUCGUGGAUCCGUUCGCGGGCUCGGGCGGCAUCCUCCUCGCUUGCGCCCAUUUCGGCAUUGGGCUCGGCAUCGCCCACGACGUGAGCUUCCGGUCGCUCCAAGGCGACGGACCGGGUCGCGACAUGGCCGCCAACUUUGCUGAGUUUGCUUUCCCAUCGCCCGAGCGCUGCCUCCACGACGUUCGCCGCGACAUGUGGCGUCCCAAUCUCCACGUCGAUGCCAUCGUGUGCGACCCGCCGUACAACAUCCGCACGUUUGGCGCGGCUGGCGAAGACGUGCUCGAGAACCAGCUUCUCCAGCCGCUCAUUGCGCUGGCCGCGCGCCGCUUGGCCCCCCAAGGCCGCCUCGUCUGCUACGUGUGCGUGGCGGGCGACGCCGACCUCACCGCCUACCUCGAGAGCGCCCUUGCCAACACGACGCUGCGCCUCACUGCGACGAUCGCGCAGGUGGUGACUGGCAAGGACAAUGCACACUGGUCUCGCAGCCUCGUCGUCCUUCAACAGGCCGGGUCGCGGCCGCCGCUACCGCUGUCCACGACCGACACGACGCCGGCGACGAGCGAGUGGGCGGCGGCGCGCGAGCUCGAGUGGUGUGUCGCCCGGACGCGGCGUCCGUUUGAUGUGUGGCGCGCCGCGUGGGUCGGCGAUCUGCCGUCGCUCCAAGCGUUUGCUGCCGACGGCGGCGACGUGGACGUGCGCGAUGAGAAGGGCAAGACGCCGCUCUUCUUCGCCUGCGGCUACAACCAAUCGGCCGUGGUGGCGUUCUUGCUGGCGCAGCUAGCUGACCCAAACCGAUGCGAUAACGACGGCACGAGUCCGUUGUCGCAGGCGGCGCGGUUCGGCCACGUCCAUGUGCUGCAACAAUUGCUCGAUGCCGGCGCCGACCCGUGCGUCACGUCCAAGAAGCGCUGGUCGCCCGCGUACUUUGCAGCCUCCCACAACCAUAGCGAGGUGGUGAUGGCACUGUAUGCGCACGACGCCACGUCACUGCAUGUGCGUGGGCCAGGCGACCAAACGAUACUGCACCGCGCGGCCGAAUGUGGGCACCUCGAGCUUCUCCGAGCCGUCCUCGCGCUUGACCCGGCGCUGGCCACCGCGCGCGACUUCCACCAGCGCCACUUCGCCAUGGCGGCGGCCCGCGCCGGCCAUGCCGCGGUCGUUGAGGCGUUCGCGACGGACGAUCGAGACGCUUACGGCGAGACGUUGCUGCACGAAGCCGCUCGAUUUGGCCGCAUCGACGUCGCGUCCUUCCUCGUGGCCCAGCGUCCGUGGAUGGUCAGCGCAGUGAACGACGCCGGCGACGUCCCAUCGGACCUGUGCCACCACGAAAUCUUCCAAACCACAUAA